AGCCUCCCUGCCACCAAACACCUCUCUCGACCGGCCUCCCUAGCUAAAUUCUCGUUUGUCUUUCUUCAGCUCAUCACCGGCAGCACCAGAAAUCAAUGGUCAGGACCUCGAGUUUGUCUUCUUCCUCUACGAAUUGAACACCAGUGGCCGACAACCAUUUAUCUCGGUGGACAGAAUCUAUACAAUUUUCAGAUCUAACGAAAACAAGACUUAAUCGUUCAGAUCUGAUGAAGAAGAAGACUGGAUGACCAAAAGAUUGAAUGAAAAAGAAUACUCAAAUCAUCAUAUCCAUCCAUGUGGAUAUCACCGCAAAUAAGAAGAAAAGAAGAAAGAAAGGAUCAAAGAAACACCCGCCAGGUAUCUGCCUCCGCCGCCGCCGAACUGGCUUCUCAGACGACAUCGUGGUCCGGACCACCUGGCGUUGAUAUUGGACCAGGUGCUGCUGACCCAUUCAUUUCCGGGCUAAAGCGCCCUUCGAGCGAAGGUUUGCCUCUUUGCCUCCACACCCCCCUCCAUUCGAUUGCCUUGUUCAAUUCUGUAUGAUAUCAAGUUGCUCUUUACCGUGCGUUGAAGUGAUCUAUCUGAUUGUCAACCUAUAGGGAUUUGAAUUUUCCAGUUGCUCAUAUUAGUCCUAAAAUUGAUUAAUACAAGCCUCGUUUUAGGCAUGAUUUUUUGCUAUCCUUUUUUCAUCAUCU